AUAACGAUGUUGGUUUUUCAGAUCUCGAACGACGACGACGACUACUACUACUACUUUGUUCAUUUUAUACGCAAAUAGCAAGAGAAAAGCUUUUACCUCCUUUUGGGGAUCCAGUUUUUUCAUCACACAGAGAGGGAGUGUGUGAGAUCUAGAUCUACACUUCGAUCUCUGUCUAUAUACCAUAUCCUAAUCAGUUUUCAUAUAUGUGAAGAUGAUGGAGAUUCACAAAUGCCUCGUCCUAGCAUUGAUUCUGAUUUUCAGUGUAAUAGGAUCAGUCACAUCGGAUGCUUCAAAUCACAAAUACAAAAAUGGAGAUGUUGUUCCUCUCUACGCCAACAAGGUUGGCCCUUUUCAGAAUCCAAGUGAAACGUACCGCUAUUUUGAUUUACCAUUCUGUUUGCCAGGUGAUUUGAAAGAGAAAAAGGAAGCACUUGGAGAAGUAUUAAAUGGAGACCGUUUGGUCAGUGCUCCAUACAAACUUGAUUUCUUGGUUGACAAAGAUUCUGAGUUCAUUUGCACGAAGAAACUGACAAAGCAAGAAGUGGCUAAGUUCCGGAAAGCCAUUACGAAGGAUUACUACUUUCAAAUGUACUUUGAUGACUUGCCACUCUGGGGUUUCAUAGGGAAAUACGAGAAAACCGAGUCCAACGAGCAAAAAUACUACCUCUUUAAGCAUCUGCAAUUUGAGGUGCUCUACAACAAGAAUCGUGUUAUUGAGGUGAACGUCCGGACUGAUCCAAGUGCUCUUGUGGAUGUUACGGAAGAUAAGGAAGUUAACGUUGACUUCAUGUACACAGUCAGAUGGAAGGAGACUAACAUUCCUUUUGAAAAGAGGAUGGAGAAGUAUUCACACAAUUCUUCUCUACCACAUCAUUUGGAAAUACAUUGGUUCUCAAUUAUUAAUUCUUGUGUGACGGUGCUCCUUUUAACUGGUUUCCUUGCCACAAUUCUCAUGCGGGUUCUCAAGAAUGAUUUUGUCAAGUAUGCUCAUGAUGAGGAAGCGGCCGAGGAUCAAGAAGAAACUGGAUGGAAAUACAUACAUGGUGAUGUCUUCAGAUACCCAAAGUUCAAAUCUUUAUUUGCUGCUGCCCUUGGUUCUGGUUCCCAGCUAUUUGCCCUUACAAUCUUUAUCUUCAUACUUGCACUGGUUGGUGUCUUUUAUCCAUAUAAUCGAGGAGCUCUAUUCACUGCAUUGGUUGUCAUAUAUGCUCUCACGUCCGGAAUUGCUGGCUAUACUGCAUCCUCUUUCUAUUGCCAGCUUGAAGGAACAAAUUGGGUAAGGAAUUUGCUGUUGACCGGAAGCCUCUUCUGUGGACCCCUUUUCAUUACGUUCUGCUUCUUGAAUACGGUUGCAAUUGCUUACAGUGCAACAGCAGCAUUACCGUUUGGAACGAUUGUGGUAAUAGCUCUUAUAUGGGCGUUAGUGACAUCACCAUUGCUAGUUUUAGGCGGGAUUGCAGGCAAGAAUAGCAAGGCGGAGUUCCAAGCUCCUUGUCGAACAACGAAAUAUCCAAGAGAGGUUCCACCAUUGCCAUGGUAUCGAGGAACCCUUGCUCAGAUGGGAAUGGCUGGGUUUCUGCCAUUCAGUGCCAUCUACAUUGAACUGUACUAUAUAUUUGCGAGCGUAUGGGGUCACAGAAUUUAUACCAUCUACAGCAUCUUGUUUAUCGUCUUCAUCAUUCUAGUGAUUGUGACUGCCUUUAUUACCAUAGCAUUGACGUACUUCCAACUGGCUGCUGAAGAUCAUGAAUGGUGGUGGAGGUCUUUCCUUUGUGGUGGAUCAACUGGGCUGUUCAUCUAUGGGUAUUGCUUGUAUUACUACUAUGGGCGUUCGGAUAUGACAGGAUUCAUGCAGACCUCAUUCUUCUUCGGGUACAUGGCAUGCAUCUGCUACGGUUUCUUUCUGAUGCUUGGUACCAUCGGCUUCCGUGCUGCACUCUUCUUUGUUCGACAUAUAUACCGUUCAAUCAAGUGUGAGUGAGUAACAAACAAAUUAUAUAUCUACUGUAGAAUUUGUAAGACAGACUACAUGCAGUUAUAUGUUCGAUCUAGGAGACCAGUUUCAUUAUAUAUAUAUAUAUGGAGUUAAAUUUUCCU